AUGUUGAAGGAUUUUUCAAUGGUCGUGGAGGAGGCUGUGGUGUUCGAGCGUAUUGUUCCGUACAUGGUGAACAACAUUACCUAUUCUCUAUCCUUUAUGAACGACGUAUUUGCUAAGUUGCGCGCCGAAUCAAUAUACGCGAUCACCGAUGUUCUUUCUUCAUUGAAGACUAUUCCCAAGAGCGACACGCAGAUAUUUGUAGACUACGUGUUUCCUACCAUGGUGCCGCGGGUCAGCGAUUCAAGUCUUAUUGUGAAAAUAGCUGUGGCGGCGAACCUCGGCAAGUUGGCUGAAACCGCAGUCAGAUUCCUUAACUAUGCUGAAACACAAAAGGAGGAUCCGGAAUUUGUGCUCAAUACCGACGGUGGUUCAAAGAUGGAUUACCAACGAGAACUGAAACUGCUGCAGAACACAGUACAGGAAUUCACCGUGUCUCUGUUAUGCGACGUGGACAAUGCCGUGAAAAAAGUAUUUGUCCAAGAGUCUUUGACACGUCUGGCCGUUUUCUUUGGAAAACAAAAGAGUAAGCAACGUGCGGUUUUAAUGUGACU